AUGUGCACGAAUGAANAUGUCAGUGCCGACCAGCUCGAACAUGUUCAGCCAAAAGGCCUCUACCUUUCAACAUGUGCACGAAUGAAUGACGGUCCAAUUGGCGAGAAAGUAGCGCAAUUGGCUUGUGGAGCCUCGUGCAACUUUCGCAACUGUGGUAAUAGUCAGUGUGAAUUUCGCGGAAAUCGAGCGGUAUGCGUCUGUUCCCGAUGUGCUAAUGGUGGUGGUGGAUUGCCCAGUCUGCCCAAUAUUCCGAGAAUCCCGCGUGGAAUGUAA